UUGAUUCACACUCUCAGCUUCACUUCUUUUUACAGAUUUCGACCUCUAUUCCUCCGAUUCAUCAAUGGAGAAGCCAAAAAAGCUCCGUGUGGCGCUCCUCUCGAGCCCCGGCCCAGGCCACCUCAUCCCUGUCAUCGAGCUCGGCAAGUGCCUCGUUGCCGACCACGACUUCGAGGCAACCGUCUUCGUCCUCCCCCUGCAGGCCUCCCGUGCUGAGGCCGAGAUCAUCAAGUCUGCCAUGACCCCCAAGCUCCUCGACAUCGUGGAGCUCCCGGCCCCCGACCUGUCGGCUGCGGGCCUCAGCCCAGAUGCAGCUGUGGUCACGAGGCUUGUGAUCAUGAUGCGUGAGGCCCGGCCGGCAUUCAGGUCUGCGCUCGAGGGGAUGGAGGCCCGGCCCGAUGUCCUCAUUGUGGACAUGUUUGGGGUGGAGUAUCUGUGCAUUGGCGACGAGUUGGGGAUCCCCAAGUAUGUCUUCGUGCCUUCCAAUGCAUGGUUUCUUGCGCUGUUGAUAUACUCGCCGGCACUGGACAAGGAAGUGAAGGGAGAGUACGUGGACCGAACCGAACCGCUCGAGAUCCCAGGUUGCAAGCCACUCCGACCAGAGGACGUGGUGGACUCCAUGCUGGACCGGUCUGACCAGCAGUACCAUGAGUACGUGCAGUGGGCUGGCGGGAUCCCGACGGGAGAUGGAAUCUUGUUGAAUGUGUGGGAGGAUUUGCAGGCCGAGACGCUGGCUGCGCUGAGGAAUGAGGAGUUCUUGGGACGGGUUGUGAACGGUCCGGUAUAUACGGCUGGGCCGCUCACUAGACUGGUCAGACCGGCCGGUUUGGGGAAGGAGCUGCUGGAAUGGCUGGAUAAGCAGCCGAGCGAGUCGGUGAUGUUCGUCUCGUUUGGAAGUGGAGGGACUAUGUCGGCUGAGCAGCAGGUCGAGCUGGCUUGGGGAUUGGAGCUAAGCCAACAAAGGUUUAUAUGGGUACUUCGACAACCAACUGUCAAAGCUCUUGAUGGAUCAUUUUUUGAUGUGGGAAAGGGUGAUGCCGGCAAUGAGGUUUUGAGCUUUUUGCCGAGUGGAUUCACAGCACAUACCCGUGGCAUUGGAUUUAUACUCCCAUCAUGGGCCUCACAAGUGGAAAUCUUGAUCCUGGACAAGUUUAGGUUCUUAGCGAAUUGUCAUCGUCUCUCCCCAACACAGCAUGGUAAUGGAAGUGGGGCUUGA